CAUUUUCGGAUGCGCACCCGAUUCUUAAGAAACUGAAACCGUUGGACAACAUUGGAGGAGGAGCGUAGCGUGUUGUUUGAAUCCGCAUUUUCCAACCCUCUGAGAGAAUCCAUGAUGUUCCUGUGGUGUUAUGCUCUUGCUGUUGCCCUCUGCCUGACGGGCUUGGGGGCUCAGAGUGUUCCUGAGGCCGAUCUUGUCAGCAAUCUGCCCGGUCUGGCCGAGAACCCCUCCUUCAAACACUACUCUGGCUAUGUCCAGGCUGGGCAGGGGAAGUACUUUCAUUACUGGUUUGUGGAGUCCCAGAACAACCCCUCUACUGACCCUGUGAUCCUCUGGCUGAAUGGAGGUCCAGGCUGCAGUGCCAUGGAGGGCAUGCUCUCCGAGAAUGGACCCUUCCAUCUGAGAGAUGAUGGCACCGUCUACAUCAACCCCUACAGUUGGAACCAGGUGGCCAAUGUCCUAUACCUGGAGUCUCCCGCUGGUGUGGGAUUCUCCUACUCCACCUCUGGGAACUACGCCACCAGUGACCCCCAGGUGGCAGAGGACAACUACGAAGCCCUGCAAAACUUCUUCUCCAAAUUCCCCUCCUUCCUCUCCAAUGACUUCUACGUGUUUGCUGAGAGUUACGGGGGCGUCUAUGGACCAUCCCUGGCCCAAAAGAUUGUCAGCAACCCUGGAAGCAUCAAUUUCAAGGGAAUGGGUAUUGGCAACGGAAUGUCCAGCUAUGCUUUGAAUGAUAACUCAUUGCUUUACUUCGGAUACUAUCAUGGGCUUUUGGCUGAGAGUCUGUGGAGUGAUCUUAAUCAGCAGUGCUGCACGGGAGGCUCCUGCAACUUCUACAGCAACAGUAACACCAACUGCCAGAACUCAGUAUACCAGGCUCUGUACCUGAUCCAGGACGUUGGGCUCAACAUCUACAACCUGUAUGGGCAGUGCUAUGGCGGAGCACCCAUGAGCAGCUACGCUGGACGUUAUGCUGCUGACAUGUCUAACCUGUUCAGAGAGUCUGGGUUCUCCUUCAAGCCUUUAGAGGAGGUAGCUAUUCCUGGCAAUCCCAUGUGUAUUAAUGGCACCGCCAUGUACGAGUGGCUGAACAACCCCAACGUGCGUGCAGCGCUCCACAUCCCCUCCUCUGUGCAGUCCUGGGAACUCUGCAGUCAUACCGUUGGGUCACUCUACCAGAGGACCUACAAGGACAUGACCUGGUUUUACCAGAUUCUGCUGCAGCAGGACCUCCAGCUGCUGGUGUAUAACGGAGACGUGGACAUGGCCUGCAACUUCCUUGGGGGGAAGUGGUUUGUGGAGUCUCUGAAUCAGCAGGUGGUGAGUCAGUACCAGCCGUGGUACUAUCAGGACCAGAUCGCCGGCUACAUUCAGCAGUAUGAGAAGAUCACCUUCAUGACGGUGAAGGGUUCCGGCCACAUGGUUCCGCAGUACAAACCUGGCCCCGCUCUGCAGAUGCUGAAGAACUACCUGGCUAACUCCUACUGAUCUGUGUGUGUGUGUGAAUGUGUGUGUGUGUGUUUGACAGACAUCCUAUGUGAUCAGAAUAUUGUCAU